CUCUCUCACACAGUGCUCGCUGCAAAUUCCACCCUAACUACACACGGAAAAGAAGUAGGCAGGAAAGGCCCCAGAUGAGCCCUUGAGCUGUUUGGGGGGCGCUUCCCACACAUGAGGAAAAAAGCCAUUAUCCCAAGGACGGGAACCCCCUUCGUUUGGCCGGCUACGCGAGUAAUCCCCCCGCGGGGCCUGAGCGGGGACCGGGUGGAAGAGAGAGACCGACGGCUCCGGAACUCCCGCUGCAGACCACAUGGGGCGGGUCUGACUCCGGUUUCCCGCUCCGCGACCAGGAGGCCGAGACUUCCCCCAGACACAGACAUGAUGAGAACCGAAGGGAAAGCGGGGGAUGGCUCGACCCCAGGCCGUCUCCCAGCGGCUCCCCAGUCUCUGCCCGCCAGGGCCGGGGUGCGCUCCCACGCCCCAGGCGGCCCCCCGCCAGCCCACCCCGAUGGGGCCCGCUUUGAUCACAGCUCCUACGCCCUCGCUUUCCUUACCGGCCAGGGCGAGUGUCAAGCGGAGUGUGUCUGCGCACUUCGAGAGUCUCUGCCGCGCUCUGAUCGAGGGAAGGGGAAGGGGAGGCGAGGGGUGGGGGGGGAUGGAAGGACCACCCGACCGGGGAAGCCGAAGCUGCGGAUGGACAAACCGCCAAAGCACUUUCGCUGCUUCCCGAGAGGGAGAGAGCGAGCGAGAAAAAGAAGCAAGAUGGCGGCUAGCCAGCCCCUACGUACUACGUCAUGCCGCGGCGUACGUAAGGCAAAUCUCCGCAAGACCGCCCUCCGGCGCAGAGACGGCCCGAUCACGUGAGGCCUCCGUGGCGGCCCAACCCCGGCGGAAGGCGACGGCGCCUCCUGCUGGAAGGAGGGAGUUCCUGCAAUCGGGGUUCCCGCCGCGGGAAUUGUUCUCAGGAAUGAAUAAGAUGAUGUCGAGAAGUUCCCACCGCAGGGUGUGACACGUUCUUUCGUCUUUCCAACUUUGAAUGCGAAGUAUUCAAGUGCAAGUAUCAAACCUUGUCAUCAUUUUGUGUGUGUGGCAUAAGUAAAGUAUACAGUAGAUAGCCGAUAAGUAGUUACAUUGAAUGCCAGGAGGUAUUUCUGGGGGCUAGCUGGGGUUUAAGAUUUUAGUUUACUUACUUCACAAGUCAAGGGGUAAAUAAAGCAAAGUUUUCUAAUCACUGUCACUGUUUCGCAGUUGCGUGAGAUUGUUGCUGUGUUCACAGGGUGGAAUUGGACUGCGAUCAGAGUGACUCUCCAUCUAUCUAGGCCAGACAAUGCAAGAUACUUACAAGGUACAUGGAAGAUACAGAGACCUGUAGACGGUGGAAGGGGUCAGAAUUCAUGGAGUUGCCAAUUUCCACAGUUUGGACCUUAGAAGGAAGAAGAAGUAAUCUGCAUGAUAAGACCCCUGCCCUGCUCCUUGAGGGAAGAUGCACAGGCCUGAACUCUCAGAACUCUGCCCCACCUUCCUUCCUAUAAAAACCUUCAGAUACAACUCUCUGCUACUUGCUAGGUGAGAAGCUCCCCACACUGGAGCUGCUUAGCAAAACCCAUUAGGUCUUGGAAUUUAGUUGGUUGAAUUUUAUUUUUUUUAAAAGGGAGUAAUUGUGGCCUGUCACCCAAUUGCUGUUUAUUUGUGUGUGUGUGUGUGUGUGUGUGAUAUUUGAAUUUCUGGCCGUGAGUCUUUGGGGGCUGUUUUGUACUACCUCUGCGUGGCAGAUAGUUGAGUCAUAGGAUACACUUUUUAUUAGAGAGGGACCGAGGGAGAGAGAGAAUCCUAAACAGGUUCCACACUCAAUGUGGAGCCCGAUGUGGGGCCCCAUCCCAUGACCCUAAGAUCGUGACCUGAGCUGAAAUCAAGAGUCGGACGCUCAACCGGCUGAGCCACCCAGGCACCCCCAUAGGAUACACUAUUAACAUAGGGCUUUUGAAGUAACUAAGCCUCAUGGCUUGUCAUGGAUGCAGGGUCUGACAAUCACCCUACUUUAGCUUUAAAUUUAUCUUUUGUAAAAUUUUCCAUAAUUGCCCUAAAAAUGCUUUUUUUUCCCCUGAAAAAAAUAUGAUUAAAUAUAUUAAGCUCAUGUUGAAUUAAAAUAUCAGGAAGAAAUGGAUAACUAAAAAUAACAGGAUAUGAUUAAUGGUUUUGAUUCAUAGCCUAUUUUUAUCCUUUUCUGGAAUCUGAGUGUCCAGAUUUGUAUUUGCAGAGCAGUACAGGAAACACUGAGAUUGGAACAUUUGGUUUUGAAAUUCUCUUCUUUUGCAUUCUUAACUUUGGGGAAAGACUAUCACUUGAGAAUUUGAUCCAUUAGUGAAUACUAAUAGAGUGGUUUUUCCUGGACUAGAUGUUAGCCUAUGUAAGAAUUCAUUGUUAAUUUUACAGGGUGUGAUGAUGUUGUUGUGGUUAUGUUGUUUAAAAACCCUCAUCUCUUAGAGAUAUACAUAGAAAUAUUUAUAGAUAAAAUGAUAUACACCUUGGUUUCACUUUAAAAAUAUUCCAGCCGAGGGGCUCCUGGCUGGCUCUUGAUCUUGGGUCCUGAGCUCAAGGACCUGGGUCCUUGAUCUUGGGUCCUGAGCUCAAGGAUGUUGGGUGUGGAGCUUACUUAAAAAAUUUUAAAAAAAUAUUCUGGCCAAACAAAACAAAGCAAGAAGAAAAUGGAGAAGUAUAUGUAAUAAGAACGGCACAAUGUUCUUCAUACCUGUCAGAGUGGCUAAAAUCAACAACACAAGAAACAGGUAUUGGCAAGGAUGUGGAGAAAAAGGAAACCUCGCGCAUCGUUGGUGGGAAUGCAAACUGGUGCAGCCACUGUGGA